UUGUGAAUCCCCACUUGGGUGGAGAUUGAAUAUGAAUAAGGAGACACAGACACACAUGUGUGCGAAUAACGCGAUCAGAACAUGCUGUCGUUGGUUUUAUUCGAAGGACGAAAGGUGUUGUGGAAGUGUGGAUACAUUGUGGGUUAAUCGGGACUGACUGACAGCGUGGCCAGUGCAGUGAGGGAUGAUAUGCUGCGAUUCUCUGAGACCACACAAGAGCCGGGUGAUGUGGAUUGUGUGUUGUUUCCAGAACAUGGCUUGCAGGGUCGGGUUUCUGCAGUAGAAAUGGAGAUAGGAUGAAGGAGACGAAGCAGAAAAAAGAGGAAAAAGAUCAGCAGCGCAUCUGGACAAGCACAGGGUCUCGGCGCAUUAAAAUGCCGUGGGUGGCCCCGCUGGAACGGCGAUCCACAAACGGGGAUGUGGAUCGAAAACCAAUUGGCGAUGUCUGGCUAAGGACAGACACUCCCUUUCGACGACGACGACGACGUCGUCGGUGUUGUUAUUGCAUUAUCUAUUUGUUUUGUUUCGUCGCUUGUGAGCGACUUCGUCCAUUUCGGGGCUAAGGGCGGCUCUAUAUAUACCCUUUCAGCCUCGAUCAUCUCUUUCCGUUUGUGUGUAUCGACCGCUGUCAUCGAUCAAUGUUUUCCGAUCUGGUCCAAUCUCUGGAGUCUGAUCGAAUUCAUCGAAGUGUAUUGCAGUUGGAAUCGGUGUUGCAACCUGAAGGAUCGUCCGUCUGACGCUGUACUAGCUCCUGUCAGGUUGUGCUUAGAGGAGUGGGUCAUCGCCGUCUGGAGAGCACGCAGAGCUGCACAAGCGACGGCGAGGCUGCGAGGUUUCUAGAAUUGGGUGUGAGUUAGAUACAGAUCUGAUCUGUCGAUUCGCGGUUCCGUGUCAGUGCGCUCUGAGAUUCCCCCAGCCUUCAGAAGGCUGUUUUCGUGUUGGGGCGAUCACUGUUGACUGCUCGGGGAUUUUGGUGCCUCAUUUGGCAUCAGUGAUUAAUUGCCGCGCGGUGUCAGUGAGGUAGUCUUGUUUUCCAACCUGCAGGUCGACGUUUAGAUAGUGUUUUCGUGCCUCUAGACCGCAGUUUAGUUGUCGUGGUGAUGCUGAUUUUCUAGGGAGAUUGGGUUGAGUGACUAGUUUGGUUAUUCAAUUUAUCGCUGAGUUAUGACAUUCGCGCAUGAUGACUCAUCUCGGUGUAUCUGAGAUGCGCAACAUGUUUUGUUGUUGAGGAACUGAGAUCCGAGGAAUUUGAUUCCGCUGAACUAUGCAAAGUAGCUGUUGAUUUAUCGCAAAGGAAGGUGAUUGAAGCAAGUCACCAUGAGGCCGGACUGUGGUCCUCGUUGUGAGGAUGUGAGGAGGGCGAAGAUCAUACCGCAGGAGUGCGACUUCCGUCAUGUGCUGUCGCAGAGAUCGUAGAGGUUUGUGGCAUUCUAUCAGACCCCGCUACAGUAACCUCCGAGAGCUAGCAUUCAGUUACGAAGUCCCAUCAUCUCAUCAGAAUUUAGGGUGUGCGUUUGCACCGCGGUCGCGUGCCCGACGAAAUUUGUGCGAAUUUGUAAGACAAGGAAGAAAAAGACAAACAGCUUCCGUUAGGAUUUAUAAUCAUGUCCCGCUGAGUACACUGGCGCGCUUUCUGAAAUACUUUGGGUUGCUCGAAGUUGUGUACUUGGGUCUAGCACUAGUGGGCCUUUGAGGCAGUUUACACUGGGACAUACCAGCCAGGACACCACAAAACUGAGCAAUCCUGUUGAACGAGAGGGGAAAUUUGGACUCAAGCAGUUUGCAUUAGGGAUUCAACUUAAAAGUUCUUCAAAAGAAGGUAGUGCUUGCGUUGCACCAUUCUGUCAGUGAAAUGGAAAAGCGCCUCCUUCGAAUCUAAAAAAAACUAAAAUUCUUUCUUGGGUUCACCUUGGGUCCACUUUACCUUUCGUUCUCGAAGGGUUUCAUUUGGACCCGAGUGUGAUCCAUCUUUGAGGGACAAAGCUGAUAGAGCUGCCACAACAGAGCUAAUAUCCCCUCAACUUUUAAAGCAAUAUCAGUACAUGGAGAAGGAUUGCAGAUGUUAUGGACUCUUUCGGUUCAGGAGACACGGUUCUGGGAGGGACGUCAAAUCUUCAUCGAAAACCAUUGUCAAAAGAAUCUCAAAAGAGCACUUGCUUCGCUAUGAAGCUGAGGACGUUAAGAAAGGUUCUCACAAGGGAGGCCGACCGGCAGCCAAAUCCGCUCCACUCAGCGUUUACUAUCCUCCGCUCAUAACGACUGUCGGUCACGAUCACGAUGUUGAGAGGAAAAUCUCCUUCAAAGAACUGCAAGAAGCUAUGAAACGAGCAUCUAGUUUACCACAGCCGCUGCUGACCCGGCACCGCAUUAAGGAGACUUGUCAUGAGUUUCGAUCCAGGGACGCUGAAGGAAACAAAAUGGUGAAUGAGUACGUAUGGAAGUGCAAGCUUGGAACAGGAAGCUAUGGUAAAGUGGUUUUGUACCAAAGUAAGAAAGACGAAAAGCUGUAUGCAAUCAAGAUUUUUCAUAAGUCUCGGCUUUGCAAACUGCGGGUUUCUACGACAGAAACUGCCAUGACCGAUGUGCUCCGCGAGGUGUCCAUAAUGAAGCGGUUGGAUCAUCCCAACAUUGUGAAACUUUAUGAGGUCAUUGAUGAUCCGCAGAGCGAUAAAAUGUAUCUGGUGCUGGAGUAUGCAGAAGGCAACCGGAUCUUUGAAGGUAGCGGACCACCAGGAGGCAUCGGCGAAUCAGUUGCGAGAAGAUAUUUUCGAGAUGUUGUUGCGGGCCUUUUAUACCUCCAUGGCCAUAAUAUCAUCCACGGCGACAUAAAACCAGAAAAUCUUCUCCUAAGUGGAAACGGUUCAAUCAAAAUAUGUGACUUUGGUGUCAGUCGCAUGUUCGAGGGAGACGAUCAUGUGAGGCGAUCUCCCGGGACCCCUGUCUACACAGCUCCGGAAUGUUGCUCAGGACCGCAUUAUCGUGGACGACCUGCAGACGUCUGGGCCUUGGGAUGCACGCUCUAUGGUAUGGUGUUUGGUCGCUACCCAUUUGUGGGUGACGGCACAUUCCCGUCAAUUCACGAUGAGAUUGUGAAGCAGCCCUUAUACAUUCCCGGAGGCACGAACUCGGAUCUCGCUGAUUUGUUGCAAGGCCUUUUGUGCAAAGAUGCAAGGGUGCGUUUAUCGAUGCCUGCAGUCGCUUCUCACCCAUGGCCAAGUCACGGCCACGGGCACGUCCAAGUGAGCUGCCACAAGAGGGCGUAUGAAUUCCAGCAUUCGUUUCCUUCCAGUGGGUCUCCAUUUGUUAAUGGGCAUGAAGAGCUGGAAAGUCUCGCUAGGUAACCUGAUGACCUCUAUAGCGCCGAGGCGGACGAAGCAAUGGCUGAAUUCCUCGUCGGUGGGAAAGUUACAACUCUUGUCUAUCGUCUCAUGAUCGCAGAAGCAGUUCUACUUGAUCGUUUUUUUUUUAGUAUUUCUGUGUGUAAAAGGCUUGGUGAGUGUGUGAAAGGCUUGAUAAGUGGUGAGUAUGUGGUAUAGUAGAAAAAUACAUGUGGAAAUAAAAACACUAACAGUAACAUGUACAGAGGAAGAAGUUUGUGUUACGUUUAUACUUGCGUUGAACUAGGUCUUAUCUAAUGUGUUUAACACGUUUGGUAUGAUCACAAUGUCUGAACCGAAGCUAUUUAAACUGAAAAUUGCGUUCUCUUCUUGAUUUAUACACAUAUUAAAACA